AUGAGCAAAGUUUAUGUAACCAAAAGAAUUUUUUUAAUGUUUGUUUUUAGAACAAUGGGGGAACAAUGUGGUAAAAGUUUGAACAACGAAUUUAAGGAAGAAAGAGAAAAUAAAAAACAAUGCUCCAAAUUUAAGGAAUAUUUAAAUAAUGUUUCUUAUGAACAGUUUGUUAGGUUUAUGUACCAGCCCAAGGAUCCAUCCAGUCUGGGAGUUAUUCGCUUUUUAUUUGGUCUGUUAAUGUUAAUAGACCUGCCUGAAGAACGCGGCGGCUCUGACAUCGACUUCAGAUGGGGAGAUCCCCGAGACUGUCAUUUCCCCCUAUUCCCAAUUUUGCGCCCAUUGCCAUACCCAUACAUGGCUCUACUUUACGGAAUUAUGUGGUUUGGGGCUUGUGGCAUCAUGCUGGGCUACAAAUUUCAAACUAGUGCGCUGUUAUUUGGCGUUCCUUACUGGUACUUAUUGUUACUGGAUAAAUCGUUCUGGAACAACCAUAGUUACCUUUUCGGCAUUGUUACGAUACUUCUGGUUGGGUCAUCAGCAAAUCACUACUUGUCGCUGGAUGGACUUUUCGAUGAGAGGAAAAAAAAUCGCCACGUUCCGUACUGGAACUAUUUUAUUUUAAAAUUUCAGUUCUUUAUGUUGUAUUUUUUGGCUGGUUUAAAAAAAACCGACAAGGAAUGGCUUGAGGGGUACUCGAUGACCAACUUGGGGAACCACUGGGUGUUUCUCCCGUUCACGUUAUUUCUCACCGUUGAGCAAAUCGAUUAUUUAGUAGUGCAUUGGUUUGGUUUUCUCCUCGAUCUCACAAUCGGUUUUUGGAUGCUGAUUGAAAUCACGCGACCAAUCGCGAUGAUUUUUUGUGCCUGUUUCCAUUUAAUGAACUCGCGUCUUUUCAGCAUUGGGAUGUUUCCGUACGUCUGUCUGGCCACAAUGCCGCUUUUUUGCACCGAAACGUGGCCCCGGCGCUUACAAAGCAUUUUUUUCAAGAAAGUAAACUACAGAGUGGAGCCAAGUCCCGUGUGCGUUUACACGAGACAACAAUCAGAAGACUAUCACGAUUUACAGCUUCCGCACGAAAUCAAUUGGAAACAUAAAUUAGUUGUGGGGCUUUUAUUGACCCAUUGCGGGCUCCAGUGCUUCCUGCCCUAUUCCCAUUUUAUCACUCAAGGGUACAACAACUGGACCAAGGGCCUCUAUGGCUACUCCUGGGACAUGAUGGUGCAUUCCUGGGACACCACAAUUGUGGUGGUUAAAGUGGUCGAUAAUAAUUCCGGGGGUGAGUUUUUCCUAGACCCCGCAGCGUGGACACAGAAUGAAAGAUGGAACAAACACGCGGAUAUGUGUCUACAGUACGCAGAGUGUUUGAAAAAUAAUUUGCUUCAAGACUUGCAACAUGAGAAAUCGCGUGAAGGUGUCGAAAACGAAGUCGGGCCUAAGCACAUUACUUCAGAAAACAUAUCAAUUUAUGUAGACGUUUGGUGUUCUCUGAAUGGGAGGUUUCAGCAGCGAAUGUAUGACCCGAACUAUGAUUUACUGAAGGCCAAUUGGUCGCCUUUCCGGCCGGUGGAGUGGCUGAAACCGGUCCUGGCUGAGUAUAAUGACUUCAGGGGGCAGAUGAACCAAAUCAGUCAAGAGGUGUACUCCUGGUCCAACUACAGUGAUGUUCUGUUUAUUGCAGACUUUCCUGGGAAUUUCAUCUAUUUUACUUUCCGUGGGAAGAAAAAAUAUACCUUCUGUGCAAAUUCAAAUUAAGGACCAAAGGAUGUAGGUACUAAUACCUGUUUUAGAAAUUUUUAAAGGUUAAAAUUUAACAAAAUAAUAGUUUUUUUGAACUUCUUGGGAAUAACUUGAAUUUGAUCAUUCUUUUUGUCCUGAUAGCGAUUUUCUAGAUCUGGGUUUUAUGUUAUCUAUAACAAAAUUUAUUUUUUUAAUAAAUCCUUCGUAAUUUAUUAUUUCUUAACUGUUACAGGAUGAUUAAAUUUCAGAAAAGAUAAUUUACAUAGGGAAUAAUAAAAAAUGUCUGUGUAUAAUUUAUUGUACCAUUGUUCUAUUAUGUUUUAUAAAAUUUUUAUAACUUCUCAAAUUACAACAAUUUGCAAAGUGAAAAAGAAAAACUAAAAAGUUUAAAGUGACGUAGGUCUAAGAUCUUAAAUUUUUCUAAGAUGUUAACAAUAUUUUUGUUCAACAGGUUAUUUUUUUGAAACCCAAAUUUUGUCAAUAAAUGAAUUCUACAUAUUUCAUUACAAAUUUUUAUUUUUUAUUCUUUAUCUUGCAACUGUUACCUGCCCUGACUUGACCUUUUAUAUAUUAUUUUUAUUUUCGUAUAAGACUUAACACUUCAUUUGCUUUCACCUUUCUCAAAAUCGUAUUUGUUUGUACAUGUUUCUAAAUCUAAAAAGUUACAUAGUAUCCAAGAAUGAGUGCUUUAAGGUCUUAUGAAACGAGUUUUUUAUACUAUAUUUUGUAAUGUGCUCUUUUUUUCUGGUUUAAACAAAAACUUUUACUUUAAUUAAUUUAGGGAUUUUUUGACGAUUGAAAGUGAAACUGAAAAAUUACAAUAAAAUUUUUUACAAUAUUUAUCUCGUAGUUUAGACGGAAUUGUUAUUUUUUUAAUACAUUUUCAAUCAUUUUCAUGGUUUUAAAACUCUUUUAAUCUAUUGUAAAUUGUUUCAAAGUUCAUUUUAGGUUCAAAGUAAUUUACUUUAAAUAUUCUUUCAAAAAAUGUGUUUUCAUUUAUACAAAUGUUGCAGGUUUUAUCCUUAUCUUGAGAAUGGUACCAUAUCGUACAGUUAGAUCAUUCAAUUCAAAUUUGAUCAUUCUUUGUGAUUGAUAAAUUUGUGCAAACUGAGGAAAAAAUGUCUUCUAAUUAAAUAUUGCCGAUUGAAAUAUUAUUAUUUGACUUCAUUUUUUGUAAAACGAGGCGAAAAAUUCAUCUAUAUGUCACAGGAGCAAAGUGAAUUAUAACACUUGGCUCCCUUGAUAUACAGGGUGUCCCAGCGAAUUGAAAAAGUGAAUAAUUAAAUACCUUUAAAUACCUUUAAAAUAAAAAUAUUUUUUUGGCUACAAUAUGAAGUUGUGUGUUUUUAAUGGAACAUUAACAUUAAUAUUUUGUUUUUUUAUUGGUCGAUUUUGCUUAAUUUUAUAUAUAAUUUAUUUUUUUGACGAAAACACGUUUAAAAAAAUUGUAUUGCAUAAAAACUAAGAAUUCUAGAAAAGUUAGACUUUCACCCUUUUAAAGAAGAAAGUUUAAACGUUAAGGAUAUAUUUUUUUAGUUUAUUGCUGCAAACAAGAAGAUAAAAAAAUUGAUGUGGUUUGUUGUAAGUUGAAUAACAUAAAAAUUUUAUUUAAAU